AUGAAAUUAAUUAUCUUGGAUAAAGAUGGCACUAUAACGACACCUGCUAGUGGCGAAAAGUUUGUGCAGCAUCCACAGGACCAGGUGUUACUCCCUGGCGUUUAUUCGGGGCUGGAGUGGUAUAAGAGCAAAGGUCGAUACUUGGCGAUCGCCUCUAACCAGGGCGGGGUAGCUGCGGGCCAUAAGACAUUAGAAGAGGCUUAUCAGGAGAUGGCCUACUGUCGCUAUCUGUGUAAUCGACUCAUAGAUGCGACGUAUUUUUGUCCAGACCUAGAAGGCAAUCAGAUGCAUAUCACCGAUCAGAUUGCAGAAGGAUCUCGAACAUGCAUUGACUUAAACCAAGAGGACAAGGAUAGUUCAGAGGAGAAUAAGCUAUCGCUUUUGAAUACAAGCUACUACCGGAAGCCAGGGCCAGGAAUGCUUAAGCAUGCUAUGCAAUAUUACAACGCCAGCCAAGACGAAACGCUGAUGAUUGGGGAUCGGCCAGAGGAUUUUGCUGCAGCGGAAAUGGCAGGCGUAACAUUUCUCUCAGCCGACAAGUGGCGAGAAGAGCUGUUGCAGCUGAACUAG